AUGAACUUGACUAAAAGCUUCUCUGUCGCAGCAUCUCACUUAUCCCAACUGGCCUCUGAGCUCGCUACACUACCACUAUCACAUACCAUUCACCCCCCACUUCUUACCUUUGCUACAUCUAUCCUCCUCGCUGGCGAUAUGUCGCUUUCCACCGGAACAGGUCGUGCUUUUCUCCUGCGCUCUCUCGAAGCACCUUCGCUUGGUAUUCGCCUCUGUGGCAUUCUCUCAGAACUCGGGUGGGGAGGAUGGAAACUUGUUGGACUUCCUGCAGUCCUCAAAGCUACACCUGCGUUGCUGGAGCAUGAACCGAAGCUGACUAUACGUCUUUUUACUAGCUUGAAGAAGCAAGGGAAAAUAAGCGACGUAGAUGUGGUUUGGAGAAGGUGUAUAGAACAAUGGGUCGUCCGCAGAUUAGAAACAUGGGAGAGUGAAGAGUGGCGGGUGGAUGACUUGAGCGAUAUACUCGAGAUAUGCGGGUUUGUGGGCUGUUUGCCUCGACUCUUAGCUGGGAUUGCCAAUUCUUCGCUUGAUACGCCUAAACCCAAAGCAAACUAUGAGUCUACCUACGCAAAUGCAGCAUGGGUAGUUGGUUUAUGCAUGCGGACGAUAGCAUCGCACCAUCCUUCACAGUGGAUCGAUAUAGUGGAUCUCGGGGUGUGGACAAAAAAGCAAGAUGUUGUUAAACGUUGCCUACAGGGAGAAGAAGUAUCUCUAGAUGCCCAUGGAGUGCGUGAACGUGUUCUGCGCAUCGGGAGGGUCGAAAUUAUAGCACAACUCAAAGUUAACCUUCGACCCCUGUGGUCCCCUGCUACUGAGGCAUUGUCGUCACUCUCGCAGAGAUUUGGCGACCAGGUCUGGAGUUUAAUGUUUGACGAGCUUCAGGCUGUUUCGCGUAGUCAGUCUAGUGAUAGCAUGCCGGCUUGGAUGCUUGACAACCAGAACGGAGUCAAGGACAGCAUUGAUGACCCAUGGGAAGAGGAGCGGACUUGGCGAGAUCCCAGUGCUCACAAAGUACGAAGUACCACUUCUGGUUGGCUCCGCGAAGACCAUCAGCGUAAUGAAAUCAUCCGGGUGCAACUUCCGAAAGAUCGCAUUGAUACUUCGUCUUAUGAGUCCCAGCUGCUGUCCACUCUUGGCGAAUGUAGCGCACUGGCGGAAAAACAUAAUCGAGACCUCAUCCCUUUCUUUCUUUCCUUAACUGGUCCGGACGCGUCCUCCCGGCUACCUCGGUAUAAAUUGACAUCCUGGCUGACUUUAUUCAGCAAAUUCAGCAAUCCAAAGGCUCUACACUCCUCCGAUACUCUGUUUUCGCUAUACAUGUCUUUUCUCUCUCAUCCGGAACGCUCUCUACAGAAUCUUUCGCUAUCUUGUAUAUUGACUUACAAAUUACCCCAACUACUCGCGCAUGAGGAUCACCUUCGCGCCCUCCUCGAUGACACAAGAUGGAGGGAUGAACUCACGACACUUGAUAUAUCUGCAAUGGAGCCUCCAGAUAGGUCACAGCUGGUGGAUAUUAUCAUCAGGCUCCUGUUUGGCAUAAUGUUAGAGAGAAAGGGGCGCUCAAGGGGAGCCGACCGUCGGACUACAAUUUUGUCAGUUUUGGGAGGCUGUACCGAUGAAGAACUUUCACUAUUGGUGGAUCUCAUGCUAAAGCCUAUGCAAUCCGAAUGUCAAUCUCGCAGUGAAGGUGACUUUACACUUCGUGAUAUAUCGCCCGACAUAUCGCAGAAGCAGCAGAUCGGCUUUCUUACACUUUUGGGCGAUGUUCUGAAGAACCUUGGGCCCCACGUUAUCUCUUAUUGGCCUGCUCUGUUAGGUACCACCAUAGAUAUUAUAUCCCACGCUCAAGAACGAAUUGCCUCAAUUAAGCGCGAAGACCCUACUAAGGUGGAUAAGGAUGAAGAGCAAGAGCAGGAUGAAGAAGAUAUGGAAGAAAUUGAGGAUAUUGGGGGGCUUAAAUCUCCCCGCUUGAUUCGCCAACUGGGAUUGAAACGACUGUCAGACUUCUUCCGCAGCCCAGUCACGUUCGAUUUCACAAAAUACCUUACAGCGUCAUUCUCUUCGUUCAUAUCUCCACGACUGCCUUUGCUGGAUAAAGAAAAUACUCAAGCGCCGUCGGGGCUUCUGGAAUUGUUCUACGCUUGGGCGUCACGACCGGAAUAUGUACAAUAUUUGGUUCAAUACGAUCCUACCGUUUUGCCUAAGGUAUACGACUGUUUGGUGGCUACCAAUGUCAAACCCGUUGUCAUUACGCGCAUACUUGACAUCGUCGAUCAAAUUCUUCUGUUUUCUGGUGACAAUAAAGAACUAUCAGGAAUGAUCGUCAAACCCCACAUAUCGCUAUUGCUCACGAACAUGGCGGUUCUAGUUGAACGGACCAAAAACGAUGCCUCGAUCUCCAGCCCGCUCUCCCACCGCCAAAUUGGUAUCCUUUCAGAAAUUGCUCAUUAUAUUUCCGACGCAGGGCAGUCAUCUAGGCUACUGGAGUUGCUCACACCUCUUCUGCGUAAACCGUCCAAGGUGGUCCCUGAGAAGACCAAGGUUAACCUGUUGAAGAUACUGGGGGAAACCUUUCCUCUUAUUCCAGAUCUCUCAAACCGCAGUUCUCCGAUAUACAUCAAGGUGUAUGAAUUACUCUCCCAACUUUUUCAAAGCUUGCGAUACAGUCAAUCUCGUGCGGCUCUCGUUGCGACUUUCCAGCGCUUAUCGACUGUAGACGUCAGCCUUGCAUCACUGGCUUCUCUUCUCGCCUCCUUGAAUGCGUUUUCUGUAAAGAGGCUUGAUGAACCUGACUUCGAAUGUCGCUUAGAAGCGUUUUCAAAGUUGAACGAACAGAUAUACGCGUCGUUGUCACCACACGACUGGCUACCUAUCAUUUACAAUAUGCUCAGUUUCAUUCAAGAUCCUGAGGAGUUGGCUGUUCGCAAUAAUGCAUCCUUCACUCUACGACAUUUUGUGGACUUAGCUUCAGAUGAUACCUUAACGGAAUACGGAUCCAUUUUCAUGCGGAUCCUCUUUCCUGGAUUAAAGAAUGGAUUGCGAUCUAAGCACGAGCUGGUCCGCAGUGAAGUGCUCUCCGUGGUGGCAUAUGCUACUUCUAAAUGCGAGAGUAUCGACUCAUUGCAAGAGAUGCGGCCGUUGCUUGCUGGGGGGGAUGAAGAAGCUAGUUUCUUCACGAAUAUCCAUCAUAUUCAAAUCCACAGGCGUAUCCGAGCUCUUCGGCGACUGGCGGAUCAAUGUGACGAGGGUUAUUUGCGUAGUAAAACCCUGGCAGAUAUUUUUGUGCCGCUCGUCGAACAUUACAUCUUAUCCACAGCCUCCCUUGACCAUCAUCUCGUUAACGAGGUAAUCAAUACGACCGGUCGAAUGGCGAAGCAUUUGUCAUGGAGUGUAUAUUAUGCAUUAGUUCAAAAGUAUCUUCGAGCAUCCAAAGACAAGACUGAUGCCGUUCGCGUCCAUGUACGAACGCUAGUGGCUAUCCUGGAGAGUUUCCAUUUUCCGAUGGACGAAGUUCUGCCUGAAUCAACACCAGGCGCUGAAGAUGACAAUGAAUUGAAUGAAGAUGUUAAUACGGUCGAGCAGCGUUUUCCACCAACUAAGGUCAACUUCAAAAAGAUUGAGGAUGCUGUCAAUCUACGCCUUUUACCGGGCCUUCUGCAAUAUCUGGAGAAGCGUGACGAAACGGAAGAUACUUUGCGGAUUCCCAUAUCAAUUGGCAUAGUUAACGUCGCCAAACAUUUGCCCCAAACAUCUCGAGAACCGCAAAUAUGCAAACUCUUGACAGUCCUCAGUCAGGUUCUAAGGAGCAGAAGUCAAGAAACUAGAGAUCUCACUCGAGACACUCUAUGCCGUAUCAUAGUACUUUUAGGACCCACGUAUCUGCCUCUUCUCCUGCGCGAAAUGCGAGGAGCACUCUUGCGAGGCCCACAAUUGCAUGUUUUAGCGUAUGUAACACACGCUCUCCUCACUCACAUCACAAAUGCCGAGCAUAUCACAAGGUUCAGUAAUCUCGACGAAUGCGUAGAUGAUGUUGCACAUAUAUCGGCAGAAGUGGUAUUCGGCGAGUCUGGAAAAGAUGUGCAGUCCGACGACUUCAAAACCAAAAUGCGCGAAGUGAGGUCUUCGUCAUCGAAGGGACUGGAUUCAUUCUCUCUUAUGGCUAAAUACAUCACACCGCUGCGUAUAAGCGCGCUUCUACUUCCUGUCCGCUCGAUUAUGCAAGAGACGGAGUCUUUCAAAUUAAUGCUGCAAGUUGAGGAGGUUCUUCGGCGGAUCGCUAGCGGACUCAAUGCCAACAAUCAUUUCACGCCCCCAGAACUUCUAGUACUCUGUCACACGCUAAUUAGCCAGAACGCUCGAUUCCUCCAGGAGGCUGCUCCCCCUAACAAGUCUAAGGCGAAGGCCAAGAAAGAUGAUGCCAUAGUGCAGAUGAAGCGACAAUCAACAGUCGAGGUUAAUCAUUAUGUAAACAACUCCUUCCGUUUCGUUACCUUCGGAAUCGACCUGUUCAAUACUGCCUUCCGUCGCAAUCGUUUUGAUUUCCACGAUGCUGUUAUAAUAGCUCGAUUGGAACCGAUGGUUAAAGUCAUCGGCAACACAUUGUACUCAAGUAAUCACGCAGUGAUAACCUCCGGGAUCAAAGCAACAGCCGCCAUCGUCAAGUGCCCCUUGAAUUCUAUUGAUAAAUCGGCACCUGUCUUCGUUCGCCAGAUCCUCGAUAUAAUCAGACAGACUGGCAGUACCGAAUCAGACGUUGUUCAGACUGCUCUGAAGUCCCUGGCAACCAUCUUGCGUGAUUGUUCAGCGGCACAAGUUAAAGAAAAAGACCUGGUUUUCCUUUUGCAACUCUUGUCUCCCGACUUAGAAGAUCCCACCCGACAAACUGCUGUGUUUGCAAUGCUCCGAGCAAUCGUGGCCCGUAAAUUCGUCGUACCUGAGAUCUAUGAUCUCAUGGAUAAAGUCGCCGAGAUCAUGGUGACGAAUCAGUCUUUCCAGGUCCAAGAACUGUGUCGCGGUGUUCUCCUUCAAUUCUUGCUGGACUAUCCACAAGGAAAAGGUCGACUACGAAAUCAAAUGGUUUUCCUUGCAAAGAACCUCUCGUAUGUGUAUGAGAGUGGGCGCAAGUCUGUGAUGGAAAUUCUCAGUGCAAUCGUUGCGAAGUUUGAAACUGGACUCGUAAGGGAGUAUGCAGAUUUGCUGUUCGUUGCUCUUGUUAUGGUGAUCGCCAACGAUGACUCUGCGAAAUGUCGGGAGAUGGCCGCUGAGCUGAUAAAAAGUCUCUUUUCGCGACUUGACGAUGAACAUCACAAAGUCGUUAUGAAUCAUUUGGACACAUGGGCCACGCAAGGCGCUCAGCCCCAGCUGACCAGAGUCUCCAUACAGGUCUAUGGACUUGUCAUCGACGUUUCACAACAAGCCACACUACCAUACAUUCCCACUCUUCUCCAAAACGUCAAUGCAGCGCUAAAGAGCAGCAGUCACCAGAUCGAGUCUUCCUAUGAAAAUGCUGACGAAAUGGACGUCGACAUUGAGUGGCAAGUUUCAUAUCAGGCAUUGGUUGUACUAACGAAAGUACUACGUGUUUUCCCCGAUUUCACUCCGGACUUGGACAAAGUCACUUGGCCUCAAGUCGUGUUGCAUCUCCUAUUUCCACAUACAUGGGUCCGUACUGCUGCAUGCCGCCUUCUUGGCAUGCUCUUUUCUGCGACACCAAUCACACAGCCCAGGACAGAUGUAGGAGAUGAUCAUCCGCAGUCGGUAACGGGGAUGCGGGACAUUGCAGGGAAAUUGUGUACUCAGCUUAAAAGCGAACAUUUGGACGCACCGCUAAGUCUUCAGGUCGUCAAGAACUUGUUUUACAUUGGGAAAUGUUUCUCUUCCAUUCCGGUUCCUUCACCGGAUGCACAAAAGGACGAUGACCAAGAAGUUGACGAGGAUGACGAGGAUAGUGAACCAGGCGAGGAGGAAGUUGAGAAUACGAAGGAACAGAACCCACUUCCCUGGCUAUUUUCCAAGCUAUCUUAUCAAGCACGUUCUGCCCAUAUAGCUCGAAGAAACAGGUCAUUCAGCAAGGAUUACUGGGUCCACCAGCCUUCGUCAGUAUUUCGUUGGUUUGCCGCUAUGGCGUCGUACUUGGAUGCUGCGCGACUGGAAACUUUCCUCCCCCAUACCUUGACACCGCUCUAUCGAAUCUUAGAGGAUGAUACAAUCCGCGAUCCACACAUGGAUGAAUUAAAAACCCUUGCAACCGAAUUGCAGGAUCUAAUCCAGAACAAAGUGGGGACAACUAAGUUCGCACUUGCGUAUAAUCGUAUACGACAGGGAGUGCUUACUGUGCGCCGUGAGCGCAGAACAGCACGAGUCACACAGGCCGUGGUGAACCCAGAGGCUGCUGCCAAACGAAAAAUGCAGCGGAACGUAGUGAAGAAGGAUAGUCGAAAGAGAAAAAAUAGGGCGUACGCGUAA